AUGGGAGACAAGGUAGAGAAGAUCAUCCUCAAAAGCCCGGCACUUUUAAAGUACAUCUUCGAAACAAGCUGCUUCCCAAGAGAACACGAGCAAUUGAAGCAACUAAGGGAAGCCACUAUCGAGAAAUACCAAUUUUGGAGUCUCAUGAAUGUGCCUGUAGAUGAAGGCCUGCUUCUCUCGAUGCUUCUAAAGCUCAUGAAUGCAAACAAGACACUGGAACUUGGUGUGUUCACUGGUUACUCUCUUCUUACCACUGCUCUUGCACUACCUCAUGACGGCAAAAUAACGGCAAUCGAUCCAGAUAAAGAAGCAUAUGAGUUUGGAUUGCCAUACAUUCAGAGGGCUGGGGUGGACCAUAAGAUUAAUUUCUGUCACUCAGAUGCCCUCACUGUCCUAAAUGAUCUCAUUGCCAAUGGGAAGGAAGAAGGGAGCUUUGAUUUUGCAUUUGUGGACGCGAACAAGGACGCAUACAUCAAAUAUCACGAGCUGCUGCUAAAGCUUGUGAAGGUUGGAGGAAUAAUAGCUUAUGACAACACAUUGUGGUUUGGGACAGUGGUAGAAGCUGAGGAGAAUGUGGAGGAAUUUGCAAAGAAAGGCAGAAAGCAUUUGCUGCAACUCAACAGCUUUCUUGCCGCGGACGAUCGCAUCGAGUUAGCUCUUGUUUCCAUCGGAGAUGGACUCACCCUCUGCAGGCGUCUCUAUUAG